AUGGCCCAAGAAAUUGACGAUUUGGAGUUCCUGCUGCCGGCGGAGCUGCUCACCGACGACGACCUGCUGACCGAUUUCGGCGGUGGGUUUGCGAAUUCCGGCGGUUUGAGCUCGGAUCUGAGUUCCCCGGUCGAUUCGGUCACCGGUUCGUUGGAAACAGGUGGGGCCGAUGAAGACGAUAUCGUCGCCGAGUUGACCCGGAAGUUGGCUCGCUCCGGAUUGGGUGAAUCGGACAUUUCAUGCGACUGCACAGCCAAGGGCUUGAAGCUAUCCGGAUCGCCCCAGUCGACUCUGUACGGGUUCAAACCGGGUUCUCGGGGCAGCCCAAACUGCGAUUCCCGGGCUUGCUCGCCUCCAGAGGCCAAAAGUCCCCUGAGCUGGGACGUGCUCUACGCGGCGGCGGAGGAGGUCGCGAGGAUGCGCAUGGCAGAAGAAGCGGCGGCGCUUUACUCGAACGAACUUUUUUCUUCAGCCCGCAAGCCCGGCCUCGUCGCCGUCACCCAGCUCAAGAACGAUCCGAGCACAGGCUUCUACCCGAUCCGACCCCAAACACACCUCUCUUACCACCAUCAACUGCAAGCUACAAAGCUUCAGCAGAUGAAACAGAACCAGUUGAAGACGAUUAUGAUGCAAAAUAGCGUUCGGAGAAACGGCGGCGGCGAUCUAUCCUACGGCCUGUCCUCGUCGGCUUGGCCCACAUUACAACAGUCCAGGCAGCAAACCGUCACCGGAGUGAAAACGGGUUUCCUCGGAGAAACUGCUCCGAAAAAGGAGCGGGUCGGAACCGGUGUCUUCAUGCCGAGAAGAUUCGACCCGAACCCGGUUGAAACCCCGAAGAAUCAAGGGUUUUAUGUUAAUCAAACCAUGGACUCCAUUGAUGCUCAUUUUCAGACCAGAGGUUUAGGAAAUUUCACCCAUGAUUAUGAUGCCUAUCUGAAGAAGAGAGAUACUUUAAUGGCAGCUUAUCAGGGGAGAAUCAUAAGGCCACAAGCAGCUGGAAAUCAAGAAUUUAGUCUUCCUCAAGAGUGGACUUACUGA